GCCAGUAGUUUCCAGUACAGUCAGUCUUAUCCAAUAUUCCUUUGACAUUUCCUCCUCUCUUUACGUAUAUUUUUUUUGCUUAUAUAUAUAUGAACAAGGGACUUGUUGUUUCCUCAACCACUAUCAUACUUUCUUCAAACUCUCUUUUGCUCCUCUAUCUCUGUCAUGGCGGCUUCUUCUUCCUUGCCUCACUUUGUCUUCCCGAGCUUCCAUGGGCCAGAUGUUCGUAAAGGAAUCCUUAGUCAUUUACACAAUGUCUUUGCGAGGAAAAAAAUCACCAUGUUCAAUGAUCAGGAGAUGGAGAGAUGCCAGCCGAUUGGAUCCACACUCAUACAAGCCAUUAGAGAAGCAAAAGCUUCCAUCGUUUUGAUCUCGAAGAAUUAUGCUUCUUCGAGAUGUUGUUUAGAUGAACUGCUUGAAAUCUUGAACUGCCAAGAAGCUUCAGGGCAGAUUGUGAUGCCGGUUUUCUACGACGUUGAGCCGUCGGAUGUAAAGAAACAGAAGGGAGACUUCGGGAUCAUAUUUAAGACAACCUGUGAUGGUGCAUCAGAGGAAAAGAAGCGGAGAUGGAUCGAAGCUUUGACAUGUGUAGCAACCAUAACUGGAGAACACUCUCUUAAGUGUCAUGAUGAUGCUGAGAUGCUCGAAAAGAUUUCCACAGUUAUGUUGAACAAACUGAAAAUGGAAAAGCUCAAGGAAGAGUUUGGGAUUCACGAUGUAGACCAGAAUGGUUUCAUAACUAAAGAAGAGCUUCAAUAUGUGAUAGCAAAAAGUGGGGUCAAAGUAACUGAUAGACAAGUUCGUAAGACCAUCAAGGCAGCUGAUGCUGAUCAUGAUGGUCGGAUCAGCUAUGAUGAGUUCGUCAAAUUCAUGGAAAAGGUUGAUAUAGAAAAUGUGCCAUGGUGGGAAAGUUCGCACUGUCAUGGAAGGAAAAUAAAGAAAAUUUUCAACAAACUGGCAGGCUAUUGGAUGUAAACCAGAAUGGUUUCUUAAGCUGCAGAAGACUAUCAAAAAUAUAAGUUGAAAAUUAUUUAAUAGAAUAUAAUUUCGCAAAAAAAAUUGAAAAUUAUUGGGCAAAAAGAAACCGAUGAGGAUGCUCGUAAUUUCAUCAAAACAUUUGAUGUUGAUUGUGAUGCGUGGUUAGGUCAGCUAUGAAAUGAUGAAUUCGUCAAACUGACGAGGUGAUGCCGUGCAUUCUUAUCUAGUUGGCAGGUUACAUUGUGGGUGUUUGAUAUGUUCUUCAAGUCUUAAAUUGGUUUUCUAUUUUUCUUUUUAUCCUAAAAAGUGUUAUUUCUUUUUCUUUUGUUAGAGUUUUUCUAUAGCUUCAACUGAUGUUAGAAGUUAUAAAAGAAAGAAACCAUGAA